AUGGUCGCCACAAGAUUCCUUUGUAUUCUUGUCAUUGUAGUAUGCAUUUUCACUCUUCUGGCCGAGUCAGCUCCGGAACAUCAUCUGGAGAAACGCGGUAGAAAAAGAAAAGGCAAAGGAAAGGGCAAAGGCAAAGGACACCACAAGAAAAAGCAUCACCACCAUGGUGGUUCGUCUUCUUCUUCCUCCGGCAGCAACAAUGGAGAUUCUUUGGCAGACUUUUUGGCCGACGUCAGUAGCGCUGUGGACAAUGUUGUCGCAGGCGUCUUUCAAGGCUAUGGAACAUUCUUUCAUCCCAAGACCGAAGGUGGAGAACAAGGUGCUUGCAGCGGUAUCAUUGAGUCAGAUAAAAGCAACAUUGUCGCCUUGAGCACCGACCUGUACGGCCCUACCAACAAAAACAGCCACUGGUGUGGAAAGAAGGUCUUGAUCAAAACCGACGAUGGCAAAAAGACCACAGCAAAGAUUACGGAUGCUUGCCCAACCUGCAAAACAAAAUCGUUGGAUAUGACGCCAGCCGUGUAUAAUCGCAUCGCAGAACCCAAAAAGGGCAUUGUUCCUAUUAGCUGGUGUGCCUGUGGCACAAAAGGUUGUGAUGACGAUCAAUGCUAG